CCGCGGGAAGACCCUUGAAAGGUGGCCUCUCGGACGUUGUAUCGACUCGACACGGUUGUCAGUUGACAACAAUCACGUUAUUACCAACGCUAUUGAGAGGAUUGAUUGUUCCGCUAGACUCAUUGGUGACGGACAGAAACGAACCACCGAACCCUACUAUUACUAGUGUCGUGCGACUGUAGUCGACGCUCCACGGUAUUCACUGUCCACACGAAAAAGGAUUCGGUCGGUUCCCCACGACCGCACUUCCAUCGUUGCCUUCUCUCUCGUUCGCCGCCACCGGCACCUCCACGGUCCCGACACCGUCACCCGCGUACGGCCAUGUCGACGACCAUCAAUCACGCCGAUUCCGGGGGCGGGGCCAUGCAUCCUCCCGCCAGUGCCGCUCCGUCACUGCCCGACAGUAGCAAUCCCAGCAGCAGUAACAGCCAUCCCAGCAACGACACUGUUCACAACAACAACAAGCGUCCGGCACCCGACGGGUCCGAAGACGACGAGACGGAGGAAUCCAAACUCCAAGCCCGUCGCGAAGCCAACCGCAUGCACGCCUUCAAGUCGCGCCAACGUUCCAAACUCCUCCUGUCCGAACUCCAAACCACCGUGGAACUGAUCAAUCGCGAAAAGGCCGAACUCGAGCGACAGAAUGCCGUACUGCGCGCCCAAGUCGAAGUCCUCCAGCAACAGAACGCCACGCUCCUGCAGAAUCAGCAAGUCAUGCUCGCCCGUAUCCCCAACGCCGGAGCCGCCGCGCACCUGCCGUCCAAUCUCAACGCCGCCGCCGCUUCCCUCUUUCACCUAAACCCCGCCGCCGCCAUGAUGUCCGUCAUGGCCGGGAACAACAACAGUAACCACAACAGUAACCAAAACAACACUCAGGACGCGGUCAACGCCGCUGCCGCCAUGGGAGCCUUUAUGAACAGCAUGCAACUACAACAGCAGCAACAACAUCCCAUGCAGGCUUUUUUUCAAGCACAACAGGCUCAGCACCAACAACAACAAGUAAUACCGGUGGCACCGCAACCCGCUCAACCCACGGCGCAAGCGCCACCAUCCACACCCGCGGGGGCACCCCCGCCGUCCGCGGUACCGGGUCCACCUACCCCCGCAACGAAUUUCGCCGUCAACCAACAGCAACCAAUCCCUACGGGACAGCCGACGCCGGUCAAUCAUGCCGAUGCCGCCACGGUACCAGCACCGCAACAAGUGCCACCGUCGCAUCCUCCCGCCGCCCCGUGAGCGAAAACGGCAGUGACUCGAACGGAACAUGGUUUCAUACACGCCCUUGGUACGGUGGCCGUGCCUGUGGGGUUUGCCGGCACCCAAUCGGGAUAGUAGAGGGUAAAAUGUUAUAUGUUUACAAACACAUUAUUGGG